AUGUGUCCUGAUACUGGAGCAGACGUAACAUUGCUGAGCACAGCAGACUGGGCCGCCAUGGGUCGACCGAAGCUGCUACCACCCAAUCUCACACUGAAGUCUGCCAACAAUGAACCGAUCAACGUUCGGGGAUUGGGUCGUCCAACACGAGCCACUGUUUCGUCACCUGACAGAAGGCUCCAUCUGCAACAUCUCUUUAAGGACGCUCAGCAGCUUGAAUUCUUCUCUCGCAACGCACCUAAGGAAGAAACUCGCCCUGUACCCUAUGCUGCCAUGCCAAGGAUUCCAACCGAAAUCGAACGAAUUGUGUCUAUACACGCGCUGGAGUCCGUUGAUCACUCAGAAUGGGCAGCACCCAUCGUCAUUGUUCGGAAGAAAAACGGAUCGAUCCGCCUCUGCGCAGACUACUCAACCGGACUGAGGAAUGCAUUGGAACGAAACCAGCAUCCGCUUCCAACCCCAGAGGACCCCAGCUUCACGAAACUCAACGAAGGGCGCUACUUUUCACAGUUCGACUUAGCCGAAGUGUAUCUCCAAUUGGAAGGGGACUUCUGA